CCACCUUAAGCGCACGAGGCACCGAACGCACGCGCGCGCGGCGGUGCGAUGUUUCCGCUCGCUCGGACCGCGCGGCUUCCAGCGGGGCAGCAGCGCGAAGCCUGGAGAUAAAAAAUAAAAUAAAAAACGCCCGAAAACAAAAAAGGAGUUCGGAGCAGCGCUUACUGCACCCCGCCGGCGGCGCUGGGCACGGACGGACGGAGGAAGGGAGCGAGAGAGAGAACGACAAAACAAAAGCGAGAAAACCGCACAAUAAUGUCCGAGCCGAGGUUCCGCGAGUGGAUUCUGGACACGAUAGACUCGCUGAGGUCGCGGAAAGCGCGGCCGGACUUGGAGCGGAUCUGCCGGAUGGUGCGGCGGCGGCACGGCUCGGAGCCGGACCGGACCUGCGUGGAGCUGGAGAAGCUGAUCCAGGAGCACGCGGUGCUCAAAGUGAACUACAAGGGCUCCGUGUCGUACCGCAACGCCGCCAAAGUGCAAAGAGGCCGGCGGAAACUCGAGCAGGCGUCCGCCCUCAAGCCCGCGGCCAAGCGAGCCUGCACGGCCGAGGUGAACCGCGACGGAGGCGGCGACAAUGCGCUGGGACCAGCCGACGAGGAGCCGAUGGAGGACGGGGAGGAUGAGCUGUCCACCACCGCUGGCCUGGACAGCAGCAUGGACGAGGAGGAGGCCAGUCUGGAUGCACCAUGCAUGCAGAGCACCGCUGACUCGGGCAUCGGCCUGAGUCCCAUCACAGACGCUGGAGCCAGCCUGCCUGCUGCGUCUCCCAGCGCCCCGAAAAGCUCUCCCAGCCACAGCAGCAUGGAGCCAGAGAGAGAGACCCCACACACUCCCCCCGAGCACACACAGCCCGCCGCUCCGCAGGACACAGGGUCUCCGGAGCUGGAGCUGGCGCGACAGCCGGCGGCCAUCUGUCCCUCAGCCCAGCGGAGCACGCUGACGGGAGAGGAGGGGCCAAGAGUUGAGGAGAGCGCACUCACACCCGAUCAGCUGCUGCCCGACUGCAGAGCCUCUCUGCACCAGGAUGAGGCAGUGGGUUCUGACCGAGAACCCGCCAAAGGCUCUGUCCCCGCAGAAGAGGGUAAAAAGUGCAGUAAAGGGGACGAUGUUGCUUGCCCACAAGAAAUAGAGCAAGCCAAGAAUGGAGGGAUAAAAAGAGGAGUCUCGGUGAAGCCUGAGGAGAUUGCACAGGACCUACUACAAUGGAGUGUGGCCGAUGUGGUCAGUUACUUCACUGCGGUGGGAUUUCCCGAGCAGGCAGUGGCUUUCAGAACACAGGAAAUUGAUGGGAAGUCGCUUCUCCUGAUGCAGCGCAGUGAUGUGCUAACAGGUCUGUCAAUCAGACUUGGCCCCGCCCUCAAGAUUUACGAACAUCACGUGAAGGUGCUGCAGAGGAGCCACUUUCAGGAGGACGGUGAUGUCAUCUCAUAGCCCCACCCCCUCCACUUCAAAGACUUGACUGAAACUCACAGAGCCCAGCAUGGGCACACUGCGGGGAGAGAAAGGACUCCUAUACUCAGCCUUUCCUCGCUUCCAUCCAUCCAUCCAUCCAUCCAUCCAUCCUUCUUUCCCCCAGAACGGCAGAAAAGUCUGCCACAGGAUAUCGUUUCUGUCUGCUUCCUCUCCUUCUUCCUGCCAUCACUUCACUCUGUCAGUGACGCCACUCAGCUGUGGAUUUUGUGUCUUUGGCAUUCCGUUUUUUUUUUUUUGUUUGUUUGUUUUUUUGGGGGGGGUUGUUUUCUGUUUUUUUUUUUUUUUUUUCAUGAAGGGGAGGAUAGAUCUUCAUCCACCAGUUGUUUUUCUAUAUAUGAGUUACAGUAUCUCAGUAAUAUAUUUUGUUUGCAAUAUUAUAUCGAUGUGUCCCUUUUACUUUUAAUAUGUAAAGCAGCAGAAAUUCCGAACUGUUGAAACACGUACGUAACGUUAGGAAAUAAAUUCAAGUUUCAGAAAUGUUUGUACGGUACGCGGAUUGCUUACUUCAAAGACUGUUUCCUGAAACCUGGCUGUGAGCCAUUUGAAAGGGAGGAAUCAUCAACUUUUCAAAAUUUUACAUGUGUAAUUGUCCCAAGGAUAAUCGCUAGGUGAAGGUAAGAGGAUGUCCUGGAAUUAUGUGUCUUGAGUUUAAAGCUAGAACCAUAAUGGAAAUGUAUUAGGCCUGUCUUGGCCCAGUUCAUGCCCAUUUUAUAAGACAAAUAUGUCACCUUGUUGAAACACAUAUACUUGGGGAUCUCCAAUAAAAAAACAUACACUUAAGGAA